AUGCGACGGGUAGUAGUAACCGGCUUGGGCCUUGUAACGCCUUUGGGAUUAGGUGUUCGCCAAACCUGGAAGCGCCUCAUUGAUGGACACUGCGGCGUCGUUUCUAUCAAGGAUAGAAGCCCAGAGUUCGCGUUGCUUCCGAGUCAGGUAGCUGGCUUAGUGCCUGAAGGAUCGAAAGAUGCCGGAAAAUGGAAUUCAAAAGACCAUCUAAGCCCUAGUGACGAACGUCGCAUGGCACGCUUCGCUCAAUAUGCCAUGGUAGCAUCAGAGGAAGCGAUGAAAGAUGCCAGAUGGUAUCCGAAGAAGGAGGAAGAUCUUGAAGCCACGGGCGUCUACAUGGGCUCUGGUAUCGGUAGCCUGGAUGAUGUAUACGACACCACUGUCGCAUAUGAGAAAGGGGGCUACCGGAAGGUGUCGCCACUCUUUGUACCGCGACUCUUGAUCAACCUCGCUGCAGGUCACAUAUCCAUGCGCUACGGCUUCAAGGGACCAAAUCACGCGGCAACCACGGCAUGCACCACUGGCGCGCACAGCAUUGGCGACGCAUCUCGUUUAAUCCAGUUCGGCGACGCGGAUGUCAUGAUUGCGGGCGGUGCUGAGUCAUGCAUACAUCCCCUCGCUAUCUCAGGCUUCGCUAGAGCUAGAAGUCUUGCAACUGAAUUCAACGAUCGCCCUACCGAGUCAAGUCGUCCGUUUGACAGGCAGCGCGACGGCUUCGUUAUCGGAGAGGGAGCGGGCGUUGUUGUCCUCGAAGAACUCGAGCACGCCAAAAGAAGAAAUGCACACAUCUAUGCUGAGGUUGCUGGCUACGGAUUGUCCAGUGACGCCUACCACAUGACGGCACCUCGGGAAGACGGCCAAGGCCCACGUCUUGCCAUGAAGAAAGCUUUGCGACACGCUUGCAUCAAGCCUUAUGCUGUUGAUUAUGUCAACGCUCACGCUACAAGUACUCCUUUGGGUGAUGCCGCCGAGAACAGAGCGAUAAAGGGACUCUUACUGGGCGAAGAUGGAAAGACUGAAGCCUCUGAAAUUAACAUCAGCAGUACAAAGGGCGCCAUUGGACAUUUACUUGGUGCUGCUGGUAGUGUGGAGGCAAUCUUCACCGUGCUGGCGAUACAUCACAAUACACUCCCGCCGACACUCAAUCUUCUCAACCCAGGCGAUCCAUCGGCUGAUUUUGAUUGCAAUUAUGUUGCUAAUGAAGCCCAGCAGCACAAUAUUAGUGUUGCGCUUUCAAACAGCUUUGGCUUUGGCGGCACCAAUGCCUCGCUCUGCUUUCGGAAAAUUUAA